AUGGGCCACCCAUCUGCCGGCAAAGUCAAGCCACAUAAAGUGAAUGCAGCCCGGUACUGCAAGCCACAUCAUGGUAGCAGCGAUACCAUCCAGCUUCUGUCCCAUGGUAUUGGAUUCGACAAGACCUAUUGGGAUCUGGAGUUCGACAACUACGCUUAUAGCUAUGUGAAUACCGCUCUCAAAGCAGGCUAUAGCACGCUCGCCAUUGAUCGACUGGGCAUUGGACUGUCGUCUCACGGAGACCCGCUCAACGAAAUUCAGGCUCAAUCUGAAGUCGAAGCUCUCAAUGAAGUGACUCUCAUGUUGCGCAACGGCAAAAUCCCAGAAAUCGGUCGGCCAUACAAAAAGGUUGUCCAUGUUGGCCACUCGUUUGGCUCGGUCCAGACAUUCUGGCUUUCCGCCCUCUACCCGAAGAACACGGACGGUAUCAUUCUCACUGGAUUUGGCGGGGCUUCGCAAUAUCUCGCAUACGUCAUCGCUGGCUGGAAUCUGCACAGUGCUCGCCUGAACCAGCCUCUGCGUCUCGGCAAUGCCUCAAGCCACGGCCUUCGAGCCGAAGUGGCAAAAGGAAUAAUCGAAAGCUUCAAGGUUGCAUUCAAGGUUUCUGGUGUACAUCUCAGUUCAAACGAAUUGUGGAAUGUGCUUGCGACUACUGAGGUGAUGGACUUGGUCACCGGUUAUAACGCGACCGACGUCUCAUACAACUACCCCAGUGGUUACAUAGCCUCUUCCGACCUUACUUCCCUACAAUACGCAUUCUUAUAUCCUGGUCACUACGACAUUGGGCUAGCCAUCGAAGGCGAGAGAACAAAGCACCCUCUCACCAUUGGCGAGCUCUUGACGAUCGGAAGUGGACCUAAAUCGUCAUGCUUCACUGGACCGGUCCUUGUUGUCACCGGCGAGAACGACGUACCAUUCUGUGGAGGCAACUGUUACGCCGGGAUUAAGGGUACCGGUUUAUCCAACCUCCCCGAGGCUGCUAAACAGGCAUUCCCGUCCGCUUCGGUGUUCAAAUCGCACAUUCAGCCCAUGACUGGCCAUGGCAAUAACUUCCAUUUCAACGCUACGGCUGGCUACAAGGUGAUGCAGAACUUCUUAGCUGAAAAUAAUCUUGCCGCGUAUUAG